AUGGCACUCGCAGACGUCGAAGUAUUCGAGGACGCAGUCCCCCUGGUUCGUAGCUGUCCAGCCCUCAACGAGAUUCGCGCGUCGGGAGAAUUGAAAGAGCUCGUCAUAGAGGUAGCUGUCUUUUCUGUUGCCGUUCUUUACACGAAAAUUUGUUCGUGUUUGUUAGGUGAAGCACGGCGCUAUUCUCAAUGCCCAUCGAAUAAUACUAGCGGCUCGAAUUCCAUCAUUGCGAGCUGCUCUCAGUGGCGCCCUCGGGAAGGAUAAUUCGGUGCUAAAAUGGCCGACGGUGCCUCUGAAGUAAAGUCAUCCUCCUUUCUCUGAUUUUGCUUUUGCACUUUCUAGCCUCGCAAAUUCACUCCUCCAGUAUGUGUACACCGGGCAGUUGGAGGUGACCCAAACGAAUGCGAUGGCCAUAGUGAUGUUUGCCAAAAUGAUGAAACUGUCUAAUCUGGAGAAUUGGGGAGUGCAAUUCAUGGCCAGUAGGUAAGCAAGUGCCGGUUCUUUCUGUCUAACUGUCGGCUGUAAAGAGUGAAUUUAGAAAAUCUGGCAACCACAUGGGACUUUGCCAAAUCUAUGCGCAUGGGAUCCCUGAUGGAGACUUGCAUCAAUCUGAUGCAAGCGCAGUUUACGAAUUUCGUCUCUACUGACCUCUUUAUUCGUCUGCCAGCUGACACCGUGCUGACUUUGUUGCGAAACGACAAUCUGUCAGUGGACUCCGAAGAGGCAGUUUUUGAGGCGAUUUCAAGCUGGGUGGCUGCCGGCGAUAAAGAGUGCGACAAUGAGAGACUGAGAUUGCACGCCCCGGAAAUGCUAAAGGAGGUUCGUUGGUGUCAGACGACUCUCCAAUUUCGCAAUCGCCUAGUCGAUAGUCAUCCAAUUUUCCAGGAUAGCAUCAGUUGUGCGUAAGUAUAUGCUGUUCCAGUUCGUCAUUUAUUUUCUAAUGAAAGUCGUUUUAUGGCUCUGGUGGAGCAGUGGAUGUGCUACGCAGACAAGGACAAACCUCCGUGUCCCUUCAACCGACGUCGGAGAACGCAUAGGACGAUCUUCUUCUUCGUAUUUGGAAAGGACAAAAAUCAGGACAGGUGGUCUGUUCUGCGUUUUGAUCCGCACCUCGAAAAGGAAGAGAGGAUUGCUGACAUGGAGAAGCGUGAAUGGGCCUCCUACAGUCUCGUGGGCGGUGAGUUGCCUGACAGUUACGCACCGCCUCUUCUGCGCACCUGCCUUGUUUUCCUUUUUUGUCUAAUUUGACCAGUUGGUGUCUCCUUUUUGCCGGAAUUAUAACAAACACACAGUUCUGCCAGUACAGCUGCCAUCGCCGCAGAAUGCAUAGGAUUGCAGCAGUAAUAGCAGUAAUUCAGGGGUUUUGAGGUCUUGGAGUUGUCCAUUCGCCUGGCCUGUACCGACGCGUUUUUUUGUUUUUUUAUUUUAUCUUUCCUAUCUUCGUUCAUCUUUCCACUUUAUCUUUACUCCGCGUAAUUUUAUGAAACUUUUUUCUACUCCACCCCACCCCCACGGAAGAGAGCAUUUUCGUGGUUGGAGGAAACACUGCGCAACAGGAAGACUCCACGAGUGUCGAGGAGUUUCUGGUGGCAGAACGGCGCUGGCGCAAACGGGCGUCCCUCGCCGUUGGACGCAACAAGCACGCAGCCACAGUCCUGACGGAAGCCGGAGGGGAGGCGCUGAUCGGCGUUUUCGGUGGAUACGGUAACGGUGGUCGCCUUUCCUCUUGUGAAGUCUAUGAAGUCAGUCGGGACAGGUGAGAGCACAUUCGUCCUGGCGCCUCCUUCUUUUUUCUUGCAAACUUUUCCUGUUUUGCCUUCUCACUCGUCUUCUCCUCCUCCUCCCCAACACACACAGGUGGUUCAAACUGCCUGAUCUGCGAGAGAAGAGGAACUGCCCGGCGGCUGCCUGCCUGCCCGGCGACAGUCGAAUCUUCGUUUUUGGCGGCUGGAAUGGCCCCACCUCCGUGCUGGCUUCGGUGGAGUUCUGCCACCUGCGAGCAGACUGGCGACAGAGGGCGACCUCGUCGGACUUUUGGCAGCCAGCCGCACCCAUGAGAACUGCACGAUCACGGCUGGCAGCGACACACUUUCGGGGGAAAAUCAUUGUCGCCGGGGGAUAUGAUGGUGGAAAGAGAUUAAACGUGGUGGAGAUGUUCACACCACCAGACGCCAGGUGUCCCCAGGGCCAGUGGACAGACUUGGCCGGCAUGAAGGAACCCCGCGCGAUUUUCGCUCUUCUCACCUCCACCGACGACGCCAUCUUUGCUCUCGGUAAUGAUGCCUCCUCCUUCUUUGCUCUACACUGACUGCAUUCCUUCUCCACUCUCUCCUCUCUCUUUCAUGCCAUUUCAUGUCCUUUUCUGCGUAAUCCCUUUUUCUGAGGAAGAUUAAGACAGUCCGUCUGAUGGCAGGCAUGUGAAAAUGUGACGUCGCAUGCCGUUUCGUAAACACAACGUGGUUAGAGCCGAUGGUAGUCCGUUUGUAGUGCAAAUCGUUUGCUUAUUAAAGUAGAUCUUUUUACGAGAAUUAUGCAGCCGACUGGUUAAAGCGUCUUCAGUUGAUACUGCGUUCAAAGCUUACUUUGUCUACUCAGAGUUUUAUUAAAAUAAUUUUUUGUCUAGCGGUUUUGUGCAAAUUGUAUGCUAAUUUUGUCUAUUUUGAUAUUUAUGAAGAUAGAAUUUCACUGGAAUUAUUCACAAUUUGCAGGCUGCUGGUUUGGAUCAGGAAACACGGUGGAGACUUUCACAGCACCAGGCGGGCCAGCUGAUGUCAGCAACGACUUGACAGCUUGGAGCUGGUCGUCGAAGAAACCACUGGAGACGCUCGCAAAGAUCGCUGGCGCUGCAAGCAUUCGCAUGUAA